CGCCCCUCCCUCUCCAUCCUCCGCUAGUUUGUUCCUCUGCGCGCUCCGUUCCGGGUCUGACCCAAGUGUUGUGGGUGAGUAUGGACGGUGGUCUGGACGGUAUGGAGCUCCUGGAGCGGAGGGUGAAGCCCCGCCGGCCCGCAGCCGAGCAGCCCGAGCCGCUCGGAGAGCAGCGCAGCAGGGAGCGGGGCGCUGCGGAGCGCGGGAACGGGAAGGGGAAGCCCGAGGCCGGCCUGCUGCAGCUGAGCGAAGCGGCGGCGCUGCUGCUGCUCGUGCUGUUCGUGGGCGCGCAGUGGGCGCUGGUGCAGCUGUCCGUCCAUCAGCUGCUCAUCGGCGGGGACAGCGGCGAGUUCAGCUCGGACAGAGCGAGGAAGCACCUGGAGCACAUCACAGGCGUGGGUCCGCGGCCGGUGGGCAGUGUGGAGAACGAGGUACUGACCGUCAACUACCUCCUGCAGCAAGUGGAGCUGGUGCGAGACGAGAGUGCCACCGGACCUCACGCUGUCACCCUGGACGUGCAGCGGCCCACUGGCUCCUUCAGCAUCGACUUCCUGGGCGGCUUCACUAGUUACUACGACCGUGUCACCAACAUCGCCGUCAGGCUCGAACCCAAGACAGGAGCUCAGCACUUCAUGCUGGCCAACUGCCACUUUGACAGCGUGGCCAACAGUCCAGGAGCGAGUGAUGACGCUGUGAGCUGUGCUGUGAUGUUGGAGGUGCUGCGCUCGAUGGCUAAUCUCUCCACUCCUCUGACACACGGAGUCAUUUUCCUCUUCAACGGAGCCGAGGAGAACAUCCUCCAGGCGAGUCAUGGCUUCAUCACCCGGCACCCAUGGGCGAAGCAGGUGCGGGCAUUUGUGAAUCUGGAGGCUGCAGGCGUUGGAGGAAAAGAGGUGGUGUUCCAGACAGGUCCGGAGAACCCGUGGCUGGUGCAGGCAUACGUUCACGCUGCUAAACACCCGUUUGCCUCUGUGGUGGGGCAGGAAGUCUUCCAGAGUGGGAUUAUUCCUUCAGACACGGACUUCCGCAUCUACAGAGACUUUGGCAACAUUCCAGGGAUUGAUCUGGCCUUUAUAGAAAACGGUUUCAUCUACCACACCAAGUACGACACUCCAGAUCGCAUCCACACAGACUCCAUCCAGAGAGCAGGUGACAACAUCCUGGCCGUCCUCAAGCACCUGGUCAUGUCUGAGAAGCUGGCUGACUCCUCUGAAUAUCGCCACGGCAACAUGGUGUUUUUCGACCUGCUUGGCGUGGUGGUCGUGGCCUAUCCGGCCAGAGUGGGCACCAUCCUCAACUACAUGGUUACCAUGGCAACCUUCCUCUACCUGGCCAAGAAGUGCAGCCUACCCAGCAACGCAGGUGGUCGGUAUGUGCGGGAGCUGGUGUACGCGUCCUGCGUGGCUCUGCUCAGCUGGUUCGUUACUCUCCUCUCCGUCCUGAUCGUGGCGCUGUUGGUCACUCUGAUUGGACGCUCCAUGUUCUGGUACAGUCACUUCUACACCUCCGUCUGCCUGUACGGCUCCGCAGCCGUGGGGAAGAUGCUUCUGAUCCACACACUGGCCAAGAACCUGUACUACGGGAGAGUGCGGAGGUUGGAGCUGGGGGAGCUGUUUUUUGACGUCAGUCUGCUGUUGUGGUGCUGCGUGCUGGUUUACCUCACUCAGCGGGGUCUCUGUUCUGCGUAUGUGCCCAUGCUGAUGGUGGCUUUUCCUCUGGCCACCAAACUCCUGCUCUCUCGCCACUUCAGAAACAGAGGUGCUUCACUGUCCUAUGCGGUUCUGUACCUGCUGGGUCUGGCUCUGCCGUACGCUCACCUCAUGUUCCUCAUCUGGGUGGUCUUCGAGAUCUUUACGCCCAUCAUGGGCCGCAGCGGCACUGAAAUCCCUCCCGACGUGGUGCUCGCCUCCCUUGUCACCGUGGCAACCAUCCUACUUUCAUCCUUCUUUAUGCACUUCAUCUACCUGGCGCGCAGCACUAAGCGUGUGUUGGGGGCUCUCGGGGUGGUCUUUACAGUGAUGUUCAUUCUGGUCUCUUGUGGCCUGUUUUUUCCAUAUUCAGCUGACCCAGCCAGCCCGCGACCCAAACGGGUCAUCAUACAGCACACCACGCGUACGUUCCAUGCUGUGGACGGGUCAGUGGAGCGGAUGGACUCCGGCCUGUGGAUCAACAGCUUGGACUACACGGGCAUGAGCCACGUCACCCCUCACAUCCCCGAGAUAAACGACACCAUCCGCACGCGCUGCGCCGAUGACCUGCCCUACUGCGGCUUCCCCUGGUUCCUCCCUGUCAAAUUCCUCAUCAGGAAGAACUGGUAUCUGCCGGCCCCCGCUGUGUCUCCGAAAUCACCGUUGGAGUUCAGGCUGCUGUCGAAGCAGCUGACAGAGUGGGGGGCAGUGAAGCUGAGCUUUGAAGCUAAAGGGCCGAGCCACAUGUCCCUGUACCUCCUGCCCCAGGCUGGUGCCUCCCUCACAGGCUGGUCAUUCGGGGACGGGACACCUCAGUUUGACUUGAAUGGAGAAUAUUUUAUAUUCUACUCUCACGGCCUGGACGCACCGACGUGGAACUUCUGGCUUGAAGUCCAGCCGCCUCCUGACCCUUCGGACGAAAAGGGCAUCAUCUCCAUGGCCAUCUCCUCCCAUUACUUCUUCGGAGAUGACCGGCGGACUCCAGAGUUGGACUCUUUGUUGCGGAAGUUUCCAGACUGGGCUUUCACUUCCUCUUGGGUCAGCAUGUACCAAAUGUACCGAUACUAAGGGUCCGCUGUUUUUUAGGGGCCUGCAGGUUAGGUCCUCAGAAAGCAUGUGCCCAGACACACACGCACUCAUCCGGCUUCUCGGCCCCCAGAGAGACCCGGGUCCCUGCGUCACUGUGUUCGCUCAUGACUGAGAGGAGGAUCUGCAGACAACCUGGCUCAUUAAACACUACUGUCACAGGUCAUUUCACAGUUUAAACGUUCCUCCUGUUUCCAGAUUCUUCUGUAUGACUGAAAUAGGGCUGCACGAUUCGGACAGAACAUCAGUAUUGUGAUUACACUGCUACGUAUUACAGUACAUUAAGAACACAAACAAUAACUAACGAGGCAGCAUGGAUAAAGACCAGCUUGGAUUAUUAUGACCACCAUAAUAAUGAUAGCACUUAUUAAAAAAUAUGAUUGGUU